CCUUACUCAUCUGAUUAUACAGGAAAUUGAUCACCUGAUGAGAUGACAACAUAACCUACCUAACGUGUCCGAAGGUUACACUAAGGCUAAUCAAACACAGACACCCUGUGUGCUAUCGUAUACAAAUAUGUGGAAAUUUGUGUAGUGUGUUAUCGGCUACCCAGGGUCAAAAUAUAGAUUGUCGGUUACGUGUAUUUUUAUACUAACACCACCGAGUAUGGGUGGUCACCAGUCUUUCCCCAGAGUUACUCUGCCCAAGGAGAGAGUUGUCAUAGUAACUGGUGCCAAUACAGGUAUCGGAUACGAGACAGCCAAAUGGAUAGCCAUGAUGGGAGCCACAGUUAUAUUGGCCUGUCGGUUUGAGGAGAGAGCACGAGAGGCAAUGACAAAGAUGAAUGCGGAAUUCCAGGCGGAGAAAGACAGAAAAACAGAAGGAGUGGUUGAUUACCCGGAACUCAGGAUAGAGUUCAUGAAAUUAGACUGCGCCAGUCUCCAGUCGGUGAUGGACUUUGUGAAAGAAUUCAAAAAUUCCGGUCGACAAUUACAUGUUCUCGUGUGUAACGCUGGUAUAGGCCUCCACAAACAGGCUUACACAGAUGAAGGAUAUGAACUCAUGUUUCAGGUGAAUUAUUUGAGCCAAUACCUAUUAGCUGCACACCUGCUGCCCAUCAUGAAGACUUCCGGAGAGGAUUGCCGUAUUGUACUCGUGUCAAGCGAGGCACAUCGUUACUCGGAGUUUAAUUUGGACAGAAUACAGGGAAAACAUUGCAACGAACAAAAUUUUGGACGAGUUUUGUUCUAUGGAAACUCCAAAGCAUUCCAGAUAAUGCAGAUGUUCAGCAUGAACCGACGACUUCAAAACUCCAACGUUACUGUAUUGAGCUUACAUCCGGGAAUGGUCGAAACUGAAGUAUCAAGAAAUUUUAAGGAUAUGAAGACAUUUACUGUCUUAACGACUCUAACAAAGUUUGUGGGUCAAAUGAAAAAUCCGUUUGAAGGAGCUGAAACCACCAUCAACGCGGCAGUAAAUCCGGCCCUGAAAGGCGUCCGUGAUGUUUACUAUACUGACUGUAAACCUGCCACCAUCCACAAUAGAGUGACGAAUACACAAAAUCAAGAAUCUUUAUGGACAUACACUCAAGAAUGUCUAAAGAAGGGAGCUUUUCUCCCAGACGACAUCGUUAAGUGUUUGGAAGGAGAAUAAAAAUGGAACAGUGUCUUUCAUUGAAAAUAUGUCAACAUGUAAACGUAGGAGAUAACACGUCAGUGAGUUAACCGUUACGUGGACAUCGAAAACGUGUACGUUAUUUAUAUAUAGCAACUGUGAAGCAUUCAUCUGCGCACAUUGCCGCACGUGAUGUAGGAAACCUUGGCUACGCAGUGCAAUGGCAAACACGAGCCGUCUAUCGGAAAAAAACCUUGAUAACCAGUUAUGACUUAAUACGAAUAAUUCAAACAUGGAGGUUUUUAUAUAAUUGAACAUAAAAGUAAAAUUUUAUAGAACAAGUACAUAACAACACUUUCGGUGCUAGUGUGGUGUAUUGGUGAUCCCAUCUGACGUGUUAUUCAGGUCAACGUUGUGAUACGGUAUGAUGAUAUCGUUGCUGUGUUCCCUUUCUAUGCACAGGGAGAUAGAUACAUGUACAUUUUGUAUAUGCAUACCAGUAGUCUUUGGAUAUAUUUAUUUUUAUCUUGUAUUUUCAAUGUGUGAAUGAAAGAAAAAAACAGCCAAUCAAGAACCAGGGUAUUUGGUCCUUUACAUAAUUAUAUUACAAUGUAUGAUGUUACAUACUAUACUAUUGGUCAUAGAUAUAAACACAUAUAAUCAUACGUAGGGCCUGGAAGAUGUGUCUUUAACUAGACGAUAUAAAAAUGUAUAUACUACAUAUCCCUGGUCAUGGAUAUUAACACAUAUUUCCAUAUGUAGGGCCUGGAAUAUGUGCCUUCAACAUUUCCUUUAGACAAUAUAGAGCUGCUUGGAACAAUAUCAAUUGUGACGUGGUAAUAUAUUGAUGUUUCCAACAUACAGUUCUUCUAGAGAGAAAACGUCUAGUCUGGUGUCUAAGUACUAAUAAACCUAUUGUUGUUAAUGUCA